CCAGGUUGACCUAUCACACUCUCUCAGCGCCCAGAUGUAGGGCGUUUCCUUCUUAAGCUGACAAUUGACUCCUUGCCCACAUCGAGCUCAGCACAGCACACACACAUCCGGACCCUGACUGGCGUGCGAGACACAGGCAGGACACUGCUGGACUCAAAGGAAGAUGACCCUGCUUCCAGCCAACAAGGACAUCAUUUCUAAAGGAAUGAAGGAAUUUAAUGUUCUGCUGAACCAACAGGUUUUUGAGGAUCCUUUUGUAUCUGAGGAAGAUAUGGCAAAGGUGGUGAAUGACUGGGUGAGCCUCUACAUCAACUACUACAGUAAGCACACUGUAGGGGAGCCCCAGGAGCAAGACACGGCUCUGAAGGAACUUCGGCAGGAGCUGAUGUCUCUGGCCAGCCCUUUCCUGGAGAAGUACAAGGCCUUCCUGAAAUCUCAGGAGCAUCCAAAUCAGGCAUCUAGCUCUUCAUCUCCAGAAAACCCCUAAACCCUGUCUCUGUGUGUUUCAUGUGUUUCAUGUUGGUAUCACUCUACAGUGACACCCCAAUAAAGACCAAGACUGAUUUUGG